CCACGGCUGCCGCGACGCGCGCACCGCCUACUGCCUGCUUCCUUCGGUGCCACCGCCGCCGCAGCCGCCACUACCACCCGCGCCUCGUGACCCUCUUCACGCGCGCAGCUGCAGAAGCGUUGCCAGCGGUCAAUAGUCGGGCCCAUCUAGACUGUCAGUGCUGCUUUCAUUAGGCGGUGUCGUUGUGCGGUCGAUGCAUCAUUCGAGUGAGAGCAGUCGUGAGAACAACUAGCAGUUCAAGAGAAUGGUACCUCUGAACCAACAAUAAUUGAAUUAAUCUUUGAGAACUGAAGGCUUCUAAGUUUUCAACGCAAAUAACAUAGCAAUCUUCAUAUUGCGUGACUCAACUAAUCUGGCGAGAUGCCAAAUUCAGCCAGGCCCUUCUUGCUCCCGGUGAAUGCAGUUGGACAGGACGACAGCCUGUCUAGCGUCGCUAGCGACGAUAGCGGCCUAAGCGUUCCUGCCAGCCUUAGCUCAUCUAGCAGUAUUCGCAGCAACAGAAGCGCCACCGGAGAGAACACGAUCGGCAGCAGCAGCGCUAGCCGCAGUAACAGCGCUACCGGCGAUAGCCACGAUAUCGGAAAUGGUAGCGCUUCCAACAAUAGCAGCGCCGCCACCCCCCACAGUAGAGGCCCUAUGGAUGCGACGCUCUCGCACCCACCCCGUUACACUGACGGCCAUCAACGCGACGCUCAACCGCGAAACAGAAGGCAGACGAGGGCGGUGCCUGUAGGGCACCAUCCGCGCCCGCAGCCUCGCCAGCAAGUGUCUCCACCACAAGCAAUGGAAGAAAAUCCCAAGACCGUUUGGUUGACGAUUCUGGCAUCAGCUCUUCUGAUUGGGGCUUUUUUCUUCUUUCCGGGUGCUCGUAGAGGGCUCGCUUAAGAGGAAGAAUGUCUUCCAACUACAUUUACAUCGAAGUGAAUUUUCAAUGGGGGUUUGAUGUGUUCAACUCGUGUUUCUUUCUGCAACUGUUUUCGAAUAUUACGCAUGCGUAGAAUGACUUGACUUUCUUGAAUGUAACGUUACGUAAAAUGGGGCUCUUGUAUAAUCGCACUAAGUUGAUGAUUUCAGCCAUGGUGCUACCUAGUAACUACUGUAACAUGAACAGAGGUGUCUUUACAGAACAGUGUAUAUUUGUGAUUUUUUUUUACAUUGCGCUUCGUGAUAUCCGACUUCAAAUUCAGGGCGGCGACCAACCCCCGAGUGCGGCUCCGCUCUGCGCUGCGAGGCCCGGGCUCGAGCGCGGGAACGUCAAAGAGCGCCGUAAAGCAAGCGAUUGGAUUGGGAGAGAGAGCGGCAGCGGGAAAAUCGAAUUCAGGCGCAGAGCCUUACGUCGCCGUUGGAAUUCAUCUCCGAGCGGCGCCGCGUGGGAGGCGGCGGCGGCGCCCAAAGGAAUACAAUUGCCGCGGCCGCCCCCGCGCGCGCCGUCCAAUUACAUCCAUCAACACUCAUUGAAACAUUAUGAGGAAGUUGAAUGUGGUGUCCAUUUUAUGAUGCCCAUUCCAAUCUCUCACCAAGUGGCUGAUCUGGGCUGUCCGAGUGACUCUGGCCGCGGAAGCCUUGAAUCUACUACUACUUCAAUCUCUCACCAAGUCUAGCCAUGUAAAGGAGCAAAAAGAAGGUUCUAACCAUCCUUCCUGCCAUCUCCAAAUCUGCUACUUGCUGAGACUUCGACCUCUGCACUGCUGCCGUCCUUUUCUCUGUUGAUGCCACAACAAUGCCAACCAAUGUCAGAAUUCCAGAUAAAUGACAUCUGUAUCAAGAGCAAGAAUGAAAUGGGGAAACAAUAGACUCAAUGACUCAUUAAUUUGAAAUGCCCAACAUUGUAUUGAAUGGAACCUUUUU